CACAAAAUCCCCCGUCCGUUCACUCCAGUUACGCACUUUUUGUACAUUGCAUUUUGGUUCAUCCAUCAACUCAUCAUCCCAUCAAUUCCCCCCUCCUCCUUCUGACCCUUUCGCUCUUCGCAUCCUCAAUCCUUUACUAGCUUCAAUCCAGAGCAUCUCACACCUAGAGUCACUCCCUUGACUGUGGUGCUGCUUGUCAAAGUCUUGUUGCAGUUCACCUCUCGCUCCCCAUCCUGUUGGUUCCAAUUCCUGUCUUUCCCUCACAUAUCCCUUGAGCAUCAACUCUUGUUGCCUGACAACCUCCGGACCACCUGUUCACCGUCUGCUCCUGCUCCUUUCACCAGCUCCACGCCGGAAGCCUCUCUCUCCUCCGCUCAUUCAUCACCUCGUGACUUCAGUUGCGCCUAAAACGUCGGGCCUUCUGCGAGGACGAUCCUCUUUCGUCCACCUCCAUCACAAUCACCCUCUCUAAAUCUCUUCCUCGUCACACUUUUCUGCAAGCAUUGCUUCAUUCUAUUCCUCCUCAAAUCCACUAUCCUUGUCUUGAGCGUUUCGGACCUUCCUUCGAUAGCCUUUGAACCUUGACCAAAGAGUCACCCCCUCCUUUCCUCCGCUCCUGGAAACCCAGCCAAGUCAAAAGUAAUCUGUCCAUUGUCAAAACUCUACGCACUUGACUGCCGUCGACAUGGCUCAACAAGGAUCUGCUGGCAUCCCGGGCCGGGCUGGCGGCAGAUUUCACAUUGCCCAUAGACGCAGCCCUUCGGAGCUCACUCCCUUGAUGAUGGAACAACUCGCUCUGCAGCAACAAAUCGAACUUCUUCAACAGCAACAACAACACAUUGCUGCCACUCAUCAGCAAUAUGUCAACAUGGGUAUGAUUCAACAGCCACUCCAGGGCAUGCCUGGCUACUCGCCCAUACAGGGCCAACCCACCCUUGCCGGCAUGCCGCCCAACAAUGCAAACUACCAGUUUCCUCAGGUUCAACAGCAGCUGGGACAGCAAGGCAACCCCCCUACCCAGCCUGCCGCACACAGAAGAAACCAAUCUGCACUUCCUGGCGGCUCAAUGGGACCGCCUCCUGCUCCAUCAGCUGGUUCUGCCGGAGCAGGUUUCGGUGACUUCAACCAACAAUCCUUGAAUCAGAAUCGGGAAAACACAAGCUCCCGCGGAAGGGGCGGUGGUGCUCAAGGUGGCCAUGCCCGAAGACACUCUCUCGCCCUUCCAGAAGCCAAAAAGGCUGCUGAACUUGCCGAGAAGAAACGAACCACCACUGGCUUCCAAUUUCCAAUUCCCGGUGCUGGAGGAAUUGCUGAAAGCCCCGUCGCCGCCACCCCUGGCGAUGACAAGGCCUCCCCUUCCGUCACCUCUCAGAACCAAGGCCUCGGUCUGCAGCGUGCUGGUAACGCCAGGGGUGUUGGUCACAGCCGCAGUCAAAGUCUGGCGGCUGGUGGCACCAGAGGCGGCGGAGGUGCUGGUCGCGGCUCUUUCCAGUUCCCUCCACCAAAUGCUACCAAUGAUGCUGGCCAGUCUGACCUUCAGCGGCGUGGCAGCCAGAGCGGCCAUGGCAGACAAAACUCCCGGAAUUUCGAAGGUAACUGGCGCCAGCAGAACAACCAACAGCUCAAUGACCAGCCUCAGCAGAUGGGUCAAUUCAGCCAACCUCAAGCUGGUUUUCAGCCGGGCCACAGAGCUGGUCGUGGUUCCAUUAACCAAUCUGUCAGCUCCAUGAGCGGCUUCCAAUACUCUGGUCAACCACAAUUGAUGCAAUUGCCUCAAGGCCAAUUCCUUUCCCCACAAAUGUUUCCCGGCCAGCAACUCAAUGCGCUCCAGAUGGCUCAGUUACAAGCCAUGCAAGGUGGUCAAAUGGUCGGUCUUCAGGGCAGCCAACAUGCUCCUCCCAUGGGUCUGCAGCAGCAGCAACAGCAGCAGCGAAAGACGCUCUUUACUCCCUACUUGCCGCAGGCCAGCUUGCCUGCAUUAUUGAAUGACGGCCAACUCGUGGCAGGUAUUCUACGUGUCAACAAGAAAAACCGCUCCGACGCCUAUGUCACCACCAGUGACCUCGAUGCUGACAUCUUCAUCUGUGGAAGCAAGGAUCGCAACCGUGCCCUAGAGGGUGACCUGGUCGCCAUCGAACUUCUCGACGUUGACGAGGUUUGGGGCCAGAAGCGUGAGAAAGAGGAAAAGAAGAAGCGCAAGGAUAUAACGGAUACUCGUUCCUCUGGUAAUAAUCAAGGCAAGAGUGACACUGGCAGCACUGAUUCGCAAUCCAUUGCCCCAGAUGGAAGCAUCCGCCGACGGGGCAGUCUGCGGCAACGUCCAACUCAAAAGAAGAAUGACGACGUGGAAGUGGAGGGCCAGAGCCUGCUCUUGAUGGAAGAGGAGGAGAUCAGCGACGAGCAAAAGCCGCUGUACGCAGGUCAUGUCGUUGCUGUCAUCGAGCGAGUAGCCGGACAAAUGUUUUCCGGUACUCUGGGCCUUCUGCGACCCAGCAGUCAAGCGACCAAAGACAAGCAGGAUGCCGAGAGAAGUGCCCGCGAUGGCAGUGGACAUGGGAGAUCAGAGUCACGUCAGCAAGACAAACCAAAGAUUGUCUGGUUCAAGCCGACAGACAAGCGUGUUCCUCUCAUUGCCAUUCCCACUGAGCAAGCACCGCGAGACUUUGUCGACAAGCACCAAGACUAUGCCAACAGAAUCUUCGUGGCAUGCAUCAAGAGAUGGCCUAUUACGUCUCUCCAUCCCUUCGGCACUCUCGUCGAGCAACUGGGUGAGAUGGGCGAUCUUCGCGUCGAGACUGAUGCUCUCCUCCGUGACAACAACUUUGGUUCCGACGAGUUUUCGGACGCCGUCAUGAAAAGUGUGGGCUGGGACGACUGGGCUCUCGAAAGCGAGUCCCAGGAGGCCCUGGCCCUGCGUCGUGACCUCCGAGGUGAACGAACUUUCACCAUUGACCCCAAUGGUACCAACGAGCUUGAUGAUGCUUUGCACGUCAAGGACCUCGGCAACGGCCUCGUCGAGCUUGGAGUUCACGUCACUGAUAUUGCUCAUUUCGUGAAAGCAAACUCCUUGGUCGAUCGCGAGGCCAAGAAGCGAGGCACCGGAGUUUAUCUCAUGACCCGCGCUGUGAACAUGCUUCCUGCCCGCCUGUCAUCCGGCAUCUGCUCUCUCGUCCCAGGUGAAGGGCGCUUGACCGUCAGUGUCAUCCUCAAGGUCGAUACCAAGACCGGCAAGAUCGAGGGAGAGCCUUGGAUCGGCCAGACCAUCAUCCAGAGUACAGGCAAGCUGGCUUAUGAUGAAGUCGACUCAGUCAUUAAAGGAGGCUCAAACGUCGAACUGCACGGAGCUACCAUCCAAGACAUCAAGACUUUGAACACCGUUGCCAAUAAGUUCCGAGAGGCUCGGUUUGGACACCGUUCGGCCAACAUUGCGCCCCUCCGCUUGAUGUACCAGCUUGAUGACGAAAAUGUUCCCGUGGAGCAUAACAUCUUUAAUACAUCUGCUGCUCACGAGAUUAUCGAGGAAAUCAGCCACAAAGCCAACUAUCUUGUGGCUCAAAAGAUCUUUGCGGCUCUCCCUGAAAAGGCCUUCCUCCGCCGCCAGGCACCACCUAAUCCUCGACGUCUGUUGACAUUUGCAGACCGCAUGACGAGGGCCGGUUAUGAUGUCGAUACUACCAGCAGUGGCAGCCUCCAGAACAGCGUGUUCAGUGUCCAAGAUCCCGAACUGAGAAAGGGCAUGGAGACCUUACUGAUCAAGACACUGCAACGUGCCAAGUAUUACAUUGGUGAUCAAAUUUCAGAGGAACAACGCCAACAUUACGCUCUGAACUUGCCGAUCUAUACGCACUUUACCAACCCUACCCGUCGAUACGCCGACAUUGUUGUUCAUCGUCAGCUUGAAGCUGCCCUUUCCAACGGCGCAAUCGAGUUCACUGAGGAUCUCGAGAACUUGGCCAAGACUGCUGAGCAAUGCAACAAUAAGAAGGACUCGGCCCAUGCCGCCCAGGAGCAGAGCGUGCACAUUGAGUCAUGCCGACUUAUGGACAAGAAAGCCAAGGAAAUGGGCGGCGAUCUGAUUAGUGAAGGCAUUGUCAUUUGUGUGUAUGAAUCUGCAUUCGAUGUGCUCAUUCCUGAGUACGGGUUUGAGAAGCGGGUUCAUUGUGAUCAGCUUCCACUGAAGAAAGCCGAAUUCCGCAAAGAAGAGAGAGUUCUCGAGUUGUACUGGGAAAAGGGCGUUCCAUCUUCGGCGUUUGUGCCUGAGGAUGAGCGUCCUCGCAACUCGGCGAGCACACGUAAUACUGGUUCCGUGAUCAACACCACUUCAGCCAAGGAUCGGGCGAAAGAGCGAUAUGAAGCUCAACGAAAGAAUGUUGACAGCAACACAAUUUCAACCGACGAUGUCGAUGCACUCUACGAUGACGAGGACAGUGCAUCGGAAAUCACCGAGAUGGCUGCUGGCGUGUCUCUUUCACCGGCCGAUCGGUCCACCCAAAGCAUGCCGCCGUCUCCCACUCGCAAUGGAUUGACAUCGAACGGACCCACCCGGACGCAAUCUGAUUCGAGAAUCGCAAAGUCGGCUGGAGAUGUUCCAGAACACAAGUUGACGGAUAAGGAGAAGUACAUCAGCUACUUCAAGCUCCGAGAAGAAGGGGGAGAAUACAUCCAGGACGUGACUGAAAUGACGCGAGUCCCUGUCAUCUUGAAGACGGACCUUAGCAAGAGUCCUCCUUGUCUGACGAUCCGAUCGAUGAACCCGUAUGCGUUGUGAAGGGUUGAAUCAUGACUGGCACACGUGUCACCCAGCUAGUGAUGGGUAUUCUUGUAUGUCUAUGCUGUCAACAGGGCAACAAGUUGAGCAGCAAGCAGUGGACUCUCAUGUGUGGCUAACAGUAGCGGGCUUUUGGCAUGGAGAAAGAUUGGAGCCAAAUGGUGGGUAGAGAGUAUCCUAAGAUAUGUACGAGUGGCAAAGCAUGGGCAAAGGCAUCACAAGUACUCAGCUGGAGGGAGGGAGCAGAUCAAGUAAGCGAAGACAGGGGCAGGGGGGAGAGAAAAGAAAGAGAUAGCACAGUCGGGGCUAUAAUCCAGUCUCAUUUAGCGCAGUACUGGCUCAAAAGUUCUAUUUCCUUGAUUGAGCAGAGGUGUAUUGCAUGACUCGCUUCGUAUGACAGGGAGAUCGGCC